UAUGUACUAUAUAUAAUACUUACACACAAUGCUGGUGACUAAAGCUCCGGAGAAGCUUGCUCCUUUGUAUUUUUCAAGUUAAACGUCACCGCGACGCCAAACGUCAAAAUCAAAUAUAUUAUCGAGCGAAUACUACAAAAUUAAUUAUUAUAAAUAUUGUGAUGUUAAUUUUCAUGUGAUAUGUGAUGAUGAGUUUUUAAUUUUUUAUUUGCCACGACGACAUGCUCCCAAGCCGUCUUUUUAUUUUUACUUUAGUGAUAGUAAAUUAAAUUAUUUAGUUUUUAUUAAACAGCUGUACUCAGUUUUAGUUGAUACGUAAGUACUUUGUGUACGUAGACGCAUCAAGUGAAAGUGACUGAUUAUCAACAUGGGAAAUGUUGACACCAAACUCAAUUUUCGUAAAGCUGUUGUGCAGCUGACAUCUAAAACACAAGUAAUUGAUGUCGGCGACGAUGACUUCUGGGACCAAUUUUGGUCAGAAAACGUCUCAAAUGUCCAGGACGUGUUUACAUUAAUACCCGCAACAGAAAUACGUACUUUACGUGAAGAAUCUCCCUCAAAUUUAGCAACACUAUGUUACAAAGCAGUGGAAAAAUUAGUAAAAGCGGUAGAUUCAAGCUGCCGAACUCAGCGGGACCAAACGACGGUGUUAAACUGCUGCCGAUUGUUAACAAGACUGCUACCAUACAUCUUCGAGGACCCAGACUGGAAAGGAUUCUUCUGGUCAAGUCUCCCUGGAAAGGAGCCAGAGGAGGAGAGUAUACCUCUGGCACACUCGCUGCUGAACGCGAUCAACGACCUGCUGUUCUGCCCGGACUUCACAGUGGUCUCGGGCCGCAAGUCAGGUCCAGAGAAAGCCGAAGACCUGGCGUCUAUAGACAGCUGCGAGUACAUCUGGGAGGCGGGUGUCGGGUUCGCGCACUCGCCACCGAGGUACCCUCACUUGGACUCCAACAGAACGGAGCUGCUGAAGCUGCUGCUGACUUGCUUCAGCGAGACCAUGUACAACCCGCCGAACGACUCGGCUUUUGUUCCGAACAAGUGGAUCCAGUAUCUGACCAGUACUGAGAACCACCACGCGCUGCCCAUGUUCACUUCCCUCUUGAACACAGUCUGCGCUUACAACCCCGUGGGACUCGGGGUUCCUUAUAAUCACUUGCUGUUUACAGACUCUCUGGAACCACUUGUUGAUGUUUCCUUGCAAAUAUUAAUUGUCACGCUGGACCACGAUGUCAGUGGCGGAGCUGCUGCUUGCGAGGAUCCGUCAAUGGCUGCUGAUAAUUUAUUCAUCAAUUAUCUCAGUCGUAUUCAUCGCGAUGAAGAUUUUCAAUUUGUACUGAAAGGCAUCACAAGAUUGUUGAACAAUCCUUUAAUGCAAACAUACUUGCCUAACUCAACAAAGAAAGUACAUUUUCAUCAGGAACUUUUGGUAUUUUUUUGGAAAAUGUGUGAUUAUAAUAAAAAAUUUUUAUACUUUGUACUUAAAAGUUCAGAUGUACUCGAAGUUUUGGUGCCUAUUUUAUAUCACCUCAAUGACUCGAGAGCUGAUCAGUCUCGAGUUGGUCUAAUGCAUAUCGGAGUAUUUAUUUUACUCCUACUGAGUGGAGAAAGGAAUUUCGGAGUAAGAUUGAACAAACCAUACACGGCAACAGUGCCAAUGGACAUUCCAGUGUUCACCGGAACGCACGCGGACCUGCUGGUGACCGUAUUCCACAAAAUAAUAACAACAGGUCACCAAAGACUCCAGCCACUGUUCGACUGCUUGCUGACAAUUCUGGUGAACGUAUCGCCGUACUUAAAAACUCUCUCGAUGGUAGCAAGCACCAAGCUCCUGCACUUACUGGAAGCAUUCAGCACUCCCUGGUUCUUGUUCUCGGCACCGACGAACCACCACCUUGUAUUUUUCCUCCUGGAAAUCUUCAACAACAUCAUACAGUACCAGUUCGACGGGAACAGCAAUCUCGUGUACACAAUUAUCCGCAAGCGACAAGUGUUCCAUGCUCUGGCGAAUCUCCCAAGCGACUGCAGCACCAUCGCCAAGUCGCUGAGCAAGAAGCAGCGCAAGCAAAUCCCCUCGACCAGCACCUCCACGGACAAUGUCAGUGAAAUUGUCAUGGAAGGCUCUCAUCCAGCGCAGCCUGCUGAACCUGGAACUCUCAACGCAACGCUGCUCGAGACUCCGGGGAUCGAGAAGAUGACUGAAAAGGAGUCCGCUCAUCCUCUCAGCCCCGCUAUUUCUGACGUCGAUGUCAGCAAAGCAGCCAAUGGAAAAGAUCAAGUUUCUUCUCCUAAUCAAUCCAAGAAGUCUAUAGUCCAAAGAGGAAGUAUCAGAGUAAGCGAAGAAAGAACGAGCACAUCUAAUCAAUGGGUCCCUUCUGCGGAUUGGGUGUAUCAGUGGAAAACAAAACUUCCUCUUCAGACAAUCAUGCGGCUGUUGCAAGUACUAGUACCCCAGGUUGAAAAAAUUUGUAUUGACAAGGGCCUGACGGAUGAAAGUGAAAUCCUGAAGUUCUUGCAACACGGCACUCUAGUCGGACUGCUGCCAGUCCCACACCCGAUUUUAAUCCGCAGGUAUCAAGCUAACGCAGGUACCACCGCGUGGUUCCGUACUUACAUGUGGGGAGUAAUUUACCUGAGAAAUGUCGAGCCGCCUAUUUGGUACGACACCGACGUGAAGCUCUUCGAAAUCCAACGGGUCUAAUAAAAAAAAAAAAAAAAUAAAAUAAAUCUCAAUGGUUAAUAAUUUAAUU